GUGUUCUGGUAUGGUAGCCUGAGUAGUAACCAGCCGCAUUUUAUUUAUUAAGGUUAUAAUUUACUCGGUGAUUGUGGAGCGGCUAAGUCGUGGAAAUUUCGUAGUGAAUUGCUGAUUAUUCGCAUUGAUUUACAAUUAGAAAAUUCAAUUAUUACAAUCCGUUGAAAUGGAAGCAAUUAUAUCCAAUUUACUGGUUCCCGAUAAUUUAGUUGUGCAGAAAGCAACUGCCGAACUUAAGGAAGCGUUCAAGCAUCCAGAGGCAAUUUCAAGUAUCUGUCAAAUAAUUGUUGCAUCUGAAAAACCAGAAAUUCGUCAAUAUGCUGCCGUGUUGCUGCGGAAACAUAUCGCCAAGCUACGAGUCUGGCAGACAAUCCCACCUGAACUGCAAAUACAAAUCAAACAAGGUACGCUGAGUGCAAUUUUAAAUGAAUCGGUUAAGAACGUACGAAGUUCAAUUGCACAAAUUAUCGGCGUUUUGGUGAAACACGAAUUUGCAAAGAAGGAUGCCUGGACGAACGAAGUUCUCUCACUAAUUUUCCAAUAUACUCGUUCGGAUGAUGCACAGAAAAGUGAACUGGGGUCAUCAGUAUUCGAAAUUCUUACCGAUACAUCACCCGAUCAAUUUCUACCUCACAUGGAACCUCUUUGUGAAAUGUUUUCAGCUGCAUUGGUUGCCACAGAAGCAUCUGGCAAUAUGGCCACGCCAGUAAUACUAAACAUAUUAUUAGGAAUGGGUCAUCUUGUGCCAUUCAUUUUGGGGCACAACGGUGCAGAGAUCACCUAUCAGAAAUCAAUACCGUACGUUGUUAAGGCAUUACAAGCCUUUGCACAACAAAAACCAGAUGAGUUUGUGAAAGCCUUCGAAAUAUUGGAAUACAUGGCCGACUUUACUCCGAAGCUUUUAACGCCACAUUUGAGCAUUUUAAUUGAAUUUUCGCUAAAUGCUGCUCGUAACCCGGAAUUCGAGAAUCAGGUUCGCGUUCGUGUAGUACAGUUUAUUGGUUGGUUGGUUAAGCUCAAGAAAAAGGCUAUCCUGAAAAAUAAGUUGUUAGAACCCAUCAUCGGCGUUGUGUUUAUGCUCAUGGCAACACCGAGCGAGGAUGGUGAUUCGGAUGAUGAAGAUUCCGACGCUGAGGACGAUUAUUUCACUGGAAAUGAAAAUUCGAAUCCAAGAACCACGGCUACACAAACAAUGGAUUUACUAGCAUUACAUGUUCCACCAGAGAAACUCAUUCCACCACUGCUCCAGUAUAUCGAGCCGGCCCUACAAAAUCCAGAUCCGAAUCAGAAGAAAGCGGCGUAUUUAUGUUUAGCCGUCAUUGCUGAGGGAUGUGGAGAAGCGAUCAUUGCCAAAUAUUUACAAAUAAUGCUGAACUGCAUCAAAGUCGGAAUCGUUGAUCCGGAUCCAUUGGUUCGCAAUGCUGCCCUAUUCGCACUUGGCCAAUUUUCAGAACAUCUUCAACCGGAAAUAUCGAAAUUUGCAGAUGAGGUCUUACCUAUUCUGUUUGAAUUCCUCCAUCAGUUGUGCCUUCAAUUGAGAGCUGGAAACACUGUCAAACACGUUGAUAGAAUGUUCUACGCUCUCGAAACCUACUGCGAAAACUUGGAAGAUGCUCUCGUGCCUCACCUUCCCGUGCUAAUGGAACGCUUGUUCGAAACGCUGCGCCCCGAAAAUACAGUACAUUUGCGUGAAUUGUCCAUGUCAUGUGUAGCAUCGGCUGCCAAAGCAGCAAAAUCUCAAAUGCUCCCAUACUUCCAACAAAUCAUCGAAGUGCUGAAAGUGUACCUAGUUCGUUCAGAUAACGAAGAUAUCGUUGAAAUUCGGCCACAAGCAAUUGACACUCUUGCAGCCUUAGCCCGAACCAUUGGCAAAGAAAAUUUCAUGCCAUUGACCACUUACACGAUGGAUUUUGCUUUGAGUCUGUUAGAUGAAGCUAGUGAACCGGAAUUGCGAUCAAGUUUAUACAAUUUGUUUGCGGCAAUUGCCGAAGUAGUAAAUGCCGAAAUGGCCCCGGUUUUGCAGAAAAUUGUGGACAGAAUGUUAGACAGCGUUAAAUCCUCCGAUGAUAUUUUGCCGGAAUUUAAGGAUGAGAGUGUGGCUGAAGUCGAUGGACAAGAUGAAAACGCUGAAAUUGACAUUGAAAACUCAGAAGACGAAGAUGACGACGACGAAGACGAAUAUGCAGGUUUCAGCGUUGUUAACUCCUUCUUGGACGAAAAGGAAGAAGCUGUGCUGGCUUUGAAACAAUUAGCCGAAUUCAGCGGGCCAGCGUUUCUUCCCUAUAUCACACCUUGCUUCGAGAACAUUUACAAAUUACUGGAUCAUUCCAGCGAAGACAUUCGCAAAUCUGCUUUGGAAGCAUUGGCCCAAUUCAUCGUUGCGCUCAACCAGAACAACGACGAUGCCGGUGUACAACAUGGCAUUGCGAUAUUUGUGCCAAAAGCAGCUGAAAUUAUAAAGUCCGACGAUGACUGUCAGGUUGUGAUGACAGCAUUGGAUACGUAUGGCACUUUGUUGAAGGAGACGAAACAAAAGGCCAUCUUCAAUGAAGAGUUAAAGAUGACAGUUUUCACAUGCAUUCAGAAUGUGUUGAAUUCGAAAGUAUCUUGUCAAUUGUACGAUGAUCAGGCCGAAGAUGACGAUCAAGAAGAAAGUGAAUAUGAUGAAGCACUAAUUCAAGUAGCCGGCGAGGUGUUACCCAAAUUUGGUGCUGCACUCAGUGCAGAUGAAUUUGCCGUUUAUUUCAAACAGAUCGUACCGAUUUUGGCAGCUAAAAUUGAAAAAUCGAAAAACAAUGAAGAUUUAGAGACGCAAAGAAGUUUCGCUUACGGAACCCUAUCGGAAUGCUUCCAGCCACUAAAGAACCGUUUAGGCGAAUGGUUUGAAACCCUUCUACCCGCUUAUCUACAUGGACUGCAGGACAGUUUCGAGCAAGUGCGCCACAAUUGUGUAUACGGACUGGGUGAACUGGUUUUACAUUCUGGAGAAGUGGCCUACAGUAAAUUCCCAGUAAUUUUGUCCGCAUUGUCAGAGGCUGUUGCGCAAGAACAACAUCCGGGAACAUUGGACAAUAUUUGCGGAGCCUUGGCUCGUUUGAUUAUGGCCAAUUUCACAUUGAUUCCACUGGAACAAGUCUUACCCGUGUUCAUCCAGAAACUACCACUCCGGGAAGAUUUCGAUGAGAAUUUAACCAUUUUCAAAGCUUUUUCAACUUUGUGGACACAACAACACGAAGCGUUAUUGUCGAUAUUGGACGGUGUCACUAUGUGCGGUUUACAUGUUCUUCAUAAAAACCAGUACAAAGACGACGAAGCUCGAAAUGUAAUCUUCAAUCUGUUGCAAGAGAUUCGCUUGCGGUACAGUGAUCGAUUCAAUCAAAUAGUUAACACUGAUGCAACAAUCGCCGCUUUUGUGCAGUCCUGGUAAAAUAGGAGGAACAUCACACAAUUUUUAAUUAUUAAAUUGUCAAUUAUCUUAGGUUUAUUUUUGAUAUGAAAAAA